GGAUAGAAGUUAGACCUGGUCUAAUGUGAGCUGCUGCAGAACUCAUACAUAACGCGCUUUUAAACCCGCCUCUAUCUCCAAACACACACACACACACACACACACACACACACACACACACACACACACACACACACACACACACACACACACACACACACAAACCUGCCCCCCACAUGUCGCACCGCCCCUACGAAAUCCUCCAGGAGCGACUAAAUUCGGCGCUCAGAGCGGCGGCGCGUCACUGCGUCUGAUCCACACACACACACUGCGCUCUGAACUUUACCGGAGUCUCGCGGGGCGGCGCGUUAACAGGCGGCGUGCGCGGGCAGACAAGACGAAGCCAGGGACCCCAAGGAGACACCGUGCGCGACACAUUGCAAAAAUAAAAUUAAAGAAAGAAAGAAAAAAAAAAUCAGCACGCAUUCGAGGACCCAGACUUAUCAGACUUCCCUCACAAACUGAUUUGAUUUUGUCAAGAUGAUCUGAACUGUGCAUGAGGAGGCACCGAGACGCGCGCGCUCCUCAGACUGGAUACCCCGUGUACGGAUUUACUCGCUGAAAGUGGGAUUUGAAUAAGAAUAACAUCAACAACAACAAAAACGUGCACUCGCUUUCUUCCUCCCUGUGGAUAGUGUCGAUCUUCUUCUCCUUAUUUUUUUUUUUUUUAUUAUUAUUAUUUUAAUUUUGAUCUAAGUUCCAAGAUGAGCUCAGGCUGUUUGUUCAGGUCUCUGCUGAUGCUCUUCCUGGCGCUUCUCUCCGCCAACGCGAGCAACUGGCUGUAUCUGGCUAAGCUGUCGUCGGUGGGGAGCAUCUCAGACGAGGAGACCUGCGAGAAGCUCCGAGGUCUCAUCCAGAGGCAGGUGCAGAUCUGCAAGCGCAACGUGGAAGUGAUGGACGCCGUACGCCGUGGAGCUCAGCUCGCCAUCGAUGAGUGCCAGUACCAAUUCCGUAACCGGCGGUGGAACUGCUCCACGCUGGACUCCAUGCCCGUUUUCGGGAAGGUGGUCACUCAAGGCACAAGGGAAGCAGCGUUUGUGUACGCGCUCUCGGCUGCGAGCGUUGCAUACGCGGUGACCAGGGCAUGCAGCAGCGGGGAGCUGGAGAAGUGCGGCUGUGACCGGAACGUGCACGGUGUGAGCCCUCAGGGGUUCCAGUGGUCAGGGUGCUCGGACAACAUCGCCUACGGAGUCGCCUUCUCCCAGUCCUUCGUGGACGCCAGGGAAAGAGGCAAAGGGCAAUCGUCCAGUCGAGCUCUAAUGAACCUCCAUAAUAACGAGGCAGGGAGGAAGGCAAUUCUGAACCACAUGCGAGUGGACUGUAAGUGCCACGGUGUUUCCGGCUCAUGCGAGGUGAAGACCUGCUGGAAAGCCAUGCCUCCUUUUCGCAAGGUCGGCAACGUGAUCAAGGAGAAGUUUGACGGCGCCACAGAGGUGGAGCAACGAAAGGUUGGCACCACCCGCGCCCUGGUGCCACGCAACUCGCAGUUCAAACCGCACACGGACGAGGACCUGGUUUACCUGGACCCGAGCCCUGACUUCUGCGAGCACGACCCGCGGACGCCGGGCAUGCUGGGAACGGUGGGCCGCUUCUGCAACAAGACCUCGAAAGCCAUAGACGGCUGCGAGCUCAUGUGCUGCGGGCGAGGCUUCCACACGCAGGAAGUGGAGGUGGUAGACCGGUGCAGCUGCAAAUUCCACUGGUGCUGCUACGUCAAGUGCAAACAGUGCCGCAAGAUGGUGGAGAUGCACACGUGUCGGUGAUGCUCUCCUUCAGAUCCCCUUCAUUCGCUUUUUCCGCCACUGAACGGAG